AUGGUCAUAUCAUACGAACCGUGGAAGUCGGCAUCGGGCUGCGCUGCAGGGCAUGAGCUUGUGCAGCUCUCACUGCCGGUCUUGAAUGCACUUGGUGCCGGAGAUCUUGCCCUAGCACGUGGGAUAAGCUCUCGGGACUACACUCAAUACCUCGUUUCCAAUGAAUGUCGCAAGGUGUGGAAGAUGCGGGCUGAUCAAGUUGAGGCGGAUUCCCGAGACAGCAUCUGGAUCACUCGACUCGUUGUUGCCACACAGCAUGGGACCAUUGUUGGGCGCGCGGGAUUCCAUGGACGGCCAAGUGAAGAUGGUAUGGUCGAGAUUGGCUACUCAAUCGACCCGCUAUGUCGUCGUCAAGGCCAUGCGCGGGCCGCGGUGAGAAUACUCCUCGACGCAGCGGCGGGCGACCCUCGCGUAAAGACGGUCCGGGCAUCAAUCCGACCAGACAAUGCACCAUCAAUGAACCUGAUAAAAGGAUUUGGCUUUCAGAUAAUUGGAGAGCAGUGGGACGAAGAGGACGGUUUGGAGUUAGUUCUCGAACUUCCAUGUAACUGA